CUGCGUGCUGCGGGGCGGGGGCGGACGGGCUCGAGGGAAGCGUUGGCUGAGGACGCGGACGAUAACGCCCAUCUGCCUCAUCCGGCUGGGCUGAGAAUUUUAGUCUCGCGGACAAAGGAUGGAAAAGCUUUGGGCUGAAGCGCAGGAUGUUCUGGAUGCGUUGACUUCAAUAAACAAACUCCCCCCACCCACCCCGCCGCAACGUAAAGCUUCGGGCCCCGAAGAACCACGAACGGCCCGACGAGGGCGAGGGAGGGGCUAAAUCAGUUCGUCUCAUUUAUUUCCAAGCAGCUGCUUAAGUAGCUAGAAUCAACAAUGGGGUGCAUUAAAAGUAAGGAAGACAAAGGUCCAACUAUGAAAUAUGGAACUGAAAGCAGUCCAGAGCCUAUUAGUAUAAAUGUCAGUCAUUUUGGAUCAGAACUUACCCCAGUGUGCCAGCCUUCUUCAUUAAAGGGAUCAACUGUUAAUUUUACCAGUCAUUCCAUGGCACCAUUUGGAGGUUCAGCUGGGAUGACACCUUUUGGAGGUGCUACUUCUGCCUUUUCAUCUAUGCCAAGUUCACAUUCUACUGGUCUAACAGGUGGUGUUACUAUAUUUGUGGCCUUAUAUGAUUAUGAAGCUAGAACUACAGAAGAUCUUUCUUUUAAGAAGGGCGAAAGAUUUCAAAUAAUUAACAAUACGGAAGGAGACUGGUGGGAAGCAAGAUCCAUAGCUACAGGAAAAACUGGAUAUAUCCCUAGCAAUUAUGUCGCUCCUGCUGACUCUAUUCAGGCCGAAGAAUGGUAUUUUGGCAAAAUGGGCAGAAAAGAUGCUGAGAGACUACUUCUAAAUCCUGGGAACCAGCGAGGUAUCUUCUUAGUAAGAGAAAGUGAAACCACCAAAGGUGCUUUUUCCCUUUCUAUUCGUGAUUGGGAUGAGAUAAGGGGUGACAAUGUGAAACACUACAAAAUUAGGAAACUUGACAAUGGUGGAUACUAUAUCACAACCAGAGCACAAUUUGAUACUUUGCAGAAACUAGUCAAACACUACACAGAACAUGCUGAUGGCUUGUGCCAUAAGUUAACAACUGUGUGUCCAACUGUGAAACCUCAAACACAAGGUUUAGCCAAAGAUGCUUGGGAAAUUCCUCGAGAAUCUCUACGUCUAGAAGUUAAGCUGGGGCAAGGAUGUUUUGGUGAAGUAUGGAUGGGAACAUGGAAUGGAACCACAAAAGUAGCAAUCAAAACACUAAAGCCUGGUACAAUGAUGCCGGAAGCUUUUCUUCAGGAAGCUCAGAUCAUGAAGAAAUUAAGACAUGAUAAACUUGUUCCACUAUAUGCUGUUGUUUCUGAGGAACCAAUUUAUAUUGUCACUGAAUUUAUGUCAAAAGGAAGCUUAUUAGAUUUCCUUAAGGAAGGAGAUGGAAAGUAUUUGAAGCUGCCACAGCUGGUUGAUAUGGCUGCACAGAUUGCUGAUGGCAUGGCAUAUAUUGAAAGAAUGAACUACAUCCACCGAGAUCUUCGAGCAGCAAACAUCCUUGUAGGAGAUAAUCUUGUUUGUAAAAUAGCAGAUUUUGGAUUAGCAAGGCUAAUUGAAGACAAUGAAUACACUGCAAGGCAAGGUGAUAUUUUAUUCAUUUUAGGUGCCAAAUUUCCAAUCAAGUGGACAGCUCCUGAGGCUGCAUUAUAUGGCCGUUUCACAAUUAAAUCUGAUGUUUGGUCAUUUGGAAUUCUGCAGACAGAGCUUGUAACAAAGGGUAGAGUGCCAUACCCAGGGAUGGUAAAUCGUGAAGUCCUGGAACAGGUAGAACGGGGUUAUAGAAUGCCUUGUCCUCAAGGUUGUCCAGAAUCUCUCCAUGAGCUGAUGAACCUUUGUUGGAAGAAAGACCCUGAUGAAAGACCAACUUUUGAAUAUAUUCAAUCCUUCUUAGAAGACUACUUUACUGCUACAGAACCACAGUACCAGCCAGGUGACAAUUUGUAAGUCACAAGCCUACACUAUAUGCACAAAUUUGCCAAAAUGUAAAGAACUUGUGUAGAGUUCCUCACUUAUGUAAAGGAAUCUAAAGAAGAAAAUCUGCACUCUGCAUGCUUCUCAUGGCAAACUGGAAUUCCAGACGGUUGCACAAAACCACUUUUCAAGUGUUAAACUCUAAAGAACCAAUGAUGCAAUUUUCCAAUUUAUUUCAGGGUCCAAAGGAAGUUUAACUAAGAUACUAAUGAAUGUUGGCAUGAUAAUGAAUAGCAACAAGGCUACUAUUUGUAAAACCCUUCCUUUCUUUAGUUCCCACAAACUCAAAAAUUUCGACAUUAGGGGAAAACUGUUUAGCAAAUAUGUAUAAACCUGGGAGAUAAAACACUAAUGCAAAAUGACAGUAUAGUAUAAUUUUAAACCAAGGAACUUUUUGGUAUGGGACCAAACACUUCCAUUCCAGCUCUAUACAAUUUUAUCCAUUCAUAAUUUUAAGAAAAUUUAACAUUUUUGAUAGAUAAACCCACAACAUUGAGUUAAUUUUUCUUUCGCUUGUGAUAAUCCAGGUUUUGGAGAUAAGAAAAAUUAAUCCGAACAGUGUAUAAUUUGAUUAAAUGUUAGGUGUCAGGCAAUGGAAUUGGAAAGCAUAAUGCACUGUUAAUGUUAAUACUUAUUUUCAUGUAACUGGAAAAGAGCAUGAGAGAUUUUUUUUCCUUUUAAUUAUGUUUUGAUUAGCUCAAAUUAGAAUAAAGAGAUAUCUAGGAAAUGUGCUCAUAUUUAAUAGGGUUUAUGAUGAUGAAAGUUGACAAUUUGUGACUUGAAACCAUACCCUACAAUCUGAGGGGAGAGUUAUUAAUCUUUAGUUGGUAAGAAGGGGGAAAAAAGCCAAUCUUUAGACAGUGCAUUUUUUUUUUUAAUGAAUUUGGUACUGUGAGAUAUAACUAUGUACUCAUGGUGAUGGGUGCCACAAAUGUAAAGUGUCACUAGUUCAGGGAUUUGAAUGAUUGCACUUUUGCUUUUCUUGAAUAUAACGUUUAACAGACAGAGGAAGAAGAUGUAUUUAAGAGAAAAAUGGGAAAAGAGAACUUGAAAAAUGUUUAGGUAGAGGGACAGAGUUGUUUAAUGUUGGUCUAAUAUAGUGACAACAUGGAUUUUCUGGCAUUCAAAACAUCCCACACUGUAACUAUUUUCUGUGAUUUCAGAGAUAGGUAAUGUGACUAAGGUAAUGAGGCUUUAUGGCUUUAUUUUUUAAAAAUAUAAAUCCAACUCUGUGUUGUUCCCUUCAAACUAGUUAACACAGAAGGCUAUAUAUACCCUUGAUUCCAACAACGCUGUCAUUGCCCAAAUCAUUUUUGGAACCCUUUAUCUGGAAUUGCCUUCAAAACUUGUGUUCUUUAGAAUGUUUCCAGUGGUGAUAGAUCUUGGUCAUUUGUUAGAUGCAUUUGUUUUUUGGAAAUGGCCCAAAGUUCAGACUUAAGUAUGGUGAAUGUGGCAGGUGAUCAAGUUGGAUAACUCUUUAAACCUAACCCCUAGUUAGGUGAGGGUGAGAGAGAGAGAGAGCGAGCGAGCGCAAAAGGGAAAGCUGGCUUUGAUGGUAAUUCCAUAAGAGGAGUUCCCCCUUGCAAUAAAUGUUGUUUUCAAAGGAUACAACUUUGAAGGACACCAUUUAUGUUUAAAAAGUAGCUUCUCUUUGCAGUCAUACCUUGUAUUAAGCAAUAACAUCAUGUCUCUACAGUUUGGGAAUGACAUUUAUGACUUUGUUACCUGAAUAAAUCAUGAAAAUUUAAAUUUAUGCUAUGGUAUCUGCUAACAUUCAAGCCAUUUUUUUAAAAAAGGUGAUUUUAAAAAAAACCAAUGCAAAUGGGCAAUAGAAUUCUGGUACUAAAAAUUAUAAUUUUUCAUGUUUACAUUACCUACUUAGUAUUGAAUCCCUCUACCAAAUAGAUCUAAGAAUAGUGCCAUCAUAUUAUUUUCCCUUGUCUUCUAUAAACCUGUGAUAUCAGAUUUUUAAAGGGCUUUAUGUAAACUAUGAAAUUGUAAUUUUUCUAAGCAUUUAGAAAGGGUAACACAAUUAUAUGUUUAUGUACUAAUGUUGUUAAAGAAAAAAACAGCCAGAAAAUGAUGCUGGUAUUCAUUAGGUUUUAACUGAAUGGAACAGUUCCUUGUAAUAACAUUUGUAUAGUAAGGAAAUUAAAAACUAACUUAACAUGUAUUCAUUUAAAAUUGUUAUGUAUUUUUAAACCUGUUGAGAAAAUCAACUUUCUACAUUAAAGAUUUUUUCCAACAACUUUUCAUCUCUAAAAUAUCAAUGUGGAACUUACCCUAUCGAAAAUGAAAGUUGGCAGAAAAAAAAACAACCUCUAGCACAAACACUUUUUAAAACUGAAUAAUGGUAGCCUAAAACUUAAUAUUUUUAUAAAAUAUUGUAAUAUUGACUUGUUUUGUGGAUACACUUGAAAAUAAAAGUUCUCCUUGAAUGCA